AUGCUCCCAGGCGCCUUUGAGAAGCUUACACUUCUGUUGGCGUGGAGUUACUGCGUUUUGGCCACGCAGGUCUCCUUCUCCAACUUCUCCGUGGACAACGACGUGCGCUCCAGCUUCAUCCAGCGGCGGCUGCGGAGCCAGGAGCGCAGAGAGAUGCAGCGGGAGAUCCUCUCCAUCCUCGGGCUGCCGCACCGUCCACGGCCCCACGUCCACAGCAAACAUAACGCUGCGCCCAUGUUCAUGCUGGACUUGUACAACACCAUCUCCACGGACGCACAGCUGCCGGGGUAUUCCUACUACAAGCCCGCUCUACCGACCCAGGUUUCCCCCAUGGUGACCCCGCAGGACAGCCGCUUCCUGGAUGACGCAGACACGGUGAUGAGCUUUGUUAACCUCGUUGAUCAGGAUCAGGAUCUUCUGUUCCAGCAGCACAGACGAGAGUUUCGCUUUGACCUUUCCCGCAUCCCAGAGGGAGAGGCUGUCACAGCCGUAGAGUUCAGGAUUUAUAAAGGAUUCAUCCAGGAACGCUACGAGAAUGACACAUUCAGAGUCAGCCUGUACCAAGUCCUGGAGGAGCCUCCAAACAGUGAAGUGGAGCUCCUGCUGCUGGACCAGCGAGAUGUGUGGGCUGUAGAGGAGGGCUGGCUCAUCUUUGACCUCACCACCACCAGUAACCUGUGGCUGUCGGACCCUGAGCACAACCUGGGCCUGCAUCUAGUGGUGGACAGCCACGGCCAAAGAAGGAACCCCCGGUUAGCUGGCUUGGUGACGGGCGGUGGACCUCAGGACAGGCAGCCAUUCAUGGUCGCCUUCUUCAGAGCAGAUGAAGUGCGCUUACGCAGCAUCCGCUCUGCUCACGGCCACAGGGGGCGCCAUUCAAACCGCUCCAAACCCCAGAGGACUGUUCAGGAUGCAAUGAAAGCAGUAGAGGCUGCAACAGAUAACCUUGGCAUCACAAAAGAAGGAUGUAAAAAGCAUGAGCUGUAUGUCAGCUUCAGGGAUUUGGGAUGGCAGGACUGGAUCAUAGCACCAGAGGGCUAUGCAGCAUACUACUGCGAGGGAGAGUGCGCCUUCCCUCUAAACUCCUACAUGAAUGCCACUAAUCACGCUAUUGUGCAGACUCUGGUGCACUUUAUCAACCCGGAGACUGUGCCUAAACCCUGCUGUGCCCCCACUCAGCUCCAUGGCAUCUCUGUUCUUUACUUUGAUGACAGCUCCAACGUCAUCCUCAAGAAGUAUCGCAACAUGGUGGUCAGAGCCUGUGGUUGUCACUAA